GGCAGAAGGAGCCACUCGUGGGAUCCCUGCUCACAGCCUGCAUGCUGCAGGCAUGGUGCUGGCAGCACUGCGGCCAUCAGGGAGCAACUGCUGCUGAUCGCUGCAUGCCGCAGCAAAAAGGCUGCUUGUAGCUCCUUGUAGCUACAAUGGCAACGUCAUCAGAAGAAGUGUUACUGAUUGUAAAGAAGGUCCGCCAGAAGAAGCAGGAUGGAGCUCUCUACCUUAUGGCUGAGAGGAUAGCAUGGGCACCUGAAGGCAAAGACCGCUUCACAGUCAGCCACAUGUAUGCAGACAUAAAAUGCCAGAAAAUCAGUCCAGAAGGUAAAGCUAAAAUUCAGCUCCAGCUAGUACUGCAUGCAGGGGACACAACCAACUUUCACUUCUCCAAUGAAAGUACAGCUGUGAAGGAGCGAGAUGCGGUAAAAGAUCUUCUUCAACAACUGUUGCCCAAAUUCAAGAGGAAAGCUAAUAAAGAACUUGAGGAGAAAAACAGAAUGCUGCAAGAAGAUCCUGUUUUGUUUCAGCUCUAUAAAGACCUUGUUGUGAGCCAAGUAAUCAGUGCUGAAGAAUUCUGGGCCAACCGUUUAAGCCUGAAUGCAGGGGAUAAUUCUGCAGCACCUAGUAAGCAGGAUGUGGGCAUCUCUGCAGCAUUUCUGGCUGAUGUACGACCUCAAACAGAUGGCUGCAAUGGUCUGAGGUACAAUUUGACUUCAGAUAUCAUUGAAUCCAUAUUUCGAACGUAUCCUGCAGUAAAAAUGAAAUACGCAGAAAACGUUCCACAUAACAUGACAGAAAGGGAAUUCUGGACGCGAUUUUUUCAGUCUCAUUAUUUCCAUCGGGACAGACUCAAUACAGGCUCGAAAGACCUCUUUGCCGAAUGUGCCAAACUGGAUGAAAAAGGGUUAAAAACAAUGGUGUCUCAAGGAGUAAAAAACCCUCUGAUAGAUUUAACAGCUUUGGAAGACAAAACAUUAGAUGAAGGCUAUGGUGUUGCUCCUGUGGCCUCUACAUCAAAUGCCUCAAAAUCUGCUAGAGAAAGUAGCAAUGCUGCCAUUAUAAAACGCUUUAAUCAUCAUAGUGCCAUGGUCCUUGCAGCUGGCCUCAGAAAACAAGAAGCACAAAAUGACCAUUACAGUGAGACCAGCAGUACGGAUGGAAACUCCAGGGAUUCAGAUUUCUUUCAACCACCAAUGAAAAAGGUGAAACUACAAGAAUCUAUUGAAUAUGAAGAUUUAGCAACGAAUAAUAGCACUAAAACUAUUGCACUAAAUUUAAAGAAAUCUGACAGGUAUUAUCAUGGUCCAACUCCAAUUCAAUCACAGCAAUAUGCAACCAGUCAGGAUAUAAUUAAUUCUUUUCAUAGUAUUAGGCAAGAAAUGGAAGCGUACGUACCCAAUCUAACUCAGGUUCUUUCAAGUGGUGAUGCUACUAGCACUAUUGCAGUCCUGUCACCUGGAGGAGCACUUAUGCAGGGUGGAACACAGCAAGCCAUAAACCAGAUGGUGCCAAAUGACAUUCAGUCUGAACUAAAACAUUUGUAUGUGGCAGUAGGGGAACUGCUAAGACACUUCUGGUCCUGCUUUCCAGUUAACACGCCAUUCUUAGAAGAAAAGGUUGUGAAAAUGAGGAGCAACUUGGAAAGAUUUCAGCUUACAAAGCUCUGCCCAUUCCAAGAAAAGAUUCGGAGACAGUAUUUAAGCACAAAUUUGAUAAGUCAUAUAGAAGAGAUGCUGCAGACAGCCUACAAUAAGUUCCAUACGUGGCAGUCCCGGCGUAUGCUGAAGAAGACGUGAGAGUGCAUGCUGUACAGGUUUGAGAACAAAAAUCUGCAAUAGGUAUAGGAGUACAACCUAGCACACGUGCAGAUCUUAUAGUUGUUGCAGGAAGACCUGCGACCUGUGGACUUCUGGAAAUGAUGCUAACUGAACUUGCACAUUUUUUGAAAAAAAGAACUGAGAUUAAACUUGAAAACUAGGGAGAAGAGCAAGAACGAACCAAAACAGAAGAGCUGAGGCGCAAAAAUAUUUAAAAGACACUGUUUACUGCAGUUACUCAGGAACUGCUUUUGAUUUGCAUUAAGAGCUGCUUUCAGAAAUAAAAAAUUUAAAGAGGGUGUAUUAAUAAAAUCUGUUUUUCUGUCUAAUUUUUUUUUUUUUUUUUUUAAGAAAUGUAUGGCACAGGGUAGAAAUCAAAAUGUUUUCUUCACUGGAUUCUGACCUUUUGUUGAAUUGUUUCUAUCUUCUGCAACCAUUUAACAGUGAUAUUUUAAAAUAGAACUGAGACUGGUUUUACUUCAACCAUCCAGGAGAGCGUAGCUGUACAAAGAUGAGCUACUGCCAUGUUUCCCCCCAAUUGGAAGCAAGAGACAUUGCACUGAAAGCUGUUCAUGAUCUGGGGCCCCUAAAGGCACAUGGGGGCAAACUCUCAUCUGAGAUCUUGGAUUUUUAUGCAGAACUUUUUCAGCCAUCCGUUUUGCAUGUUUUCCUCUGAGUGCAAGUGUGUGCUACUGCAAUUUUUUUUUUUAAGGUGGCAUUUGUUCUGAGGAGAGAAUACUUUUUUAAAUGAAAUUAAAUAAAGUUUCUUACAAAAGUCACUUAUUUUCAGUCAUUAGACUUCUUGUUUUUAAUUUCUUCUCUUAAAUCUGCUUUCCUUCACUCUCUCCAUUUGACUGUUACACUGUUUUUGGCGAAUUGAUAAUCAUUGCAAAGAAACGUGUUAUUUACAAAGCGUCCAUAAAUAUUGGGAAUCUGUGCCAUACUUUGUUCCAUAUAGAACCAGUUCACUGUUUCAGACCAACUUGUCUUGUAUUAAACGUGACUCAAAUGCAAAGUAAACCUGUUUUCUAUAAUAUAUGCAGUUUAAUGACA